UCCAGGGCUGUUAGCGUUGAUUGCUUCUCAGACAUCGCUGGCUUAGACAAACCUCGGGACACAAAGCUCGGGGCUCCUGGAAUCAGCUGAAUCUCCUGCAGACACAACCCUGCCAAGGCCAAGACAGACCAGCCAGAGGCUGAGGAUUUGUUUAAAAUGUCAUACAUUUAAAAACUGGUGUUUCAUCACCUCAGAGCAUGGGGACUCUGGGACAGUUUAGGCCUACUCUGGACACCCAUUGUGGACUGAGAGGAUGAAAUUGGUUGUCUUGGUCUGAGCUGUAACCAUGGGAACAAGGAUGGAGGUGGCACAGCUUGAGAGCAGGAUGAACACUGAGGACUAUAGAAAGCUACAGGGCAUUUUCCUGGACCCCUCGGGUGCAUCUUGCUCCUUGUCCAGAACUGAAUUCAUCCAUCUGGCUUGGUCAUCGGUUGGCCGUGGCUCCAAGGAGGAAUAUGGCCUCCUGUUUGACAGUGUGGUUGUCACUCAGGAGCACCGUGGCCUCCUUCUGGACAUUGAUGCCGUGAAGGAAGAGGGACGUGUCGACUGGGGAGGCCUGUGCUCCUUUCUGCUACUGGAGCUUUCUGAUAAAGUGAAGAACACCAGAAACAGUAGUGUGCCUUGCUGGAAGCCACCGCGCACUUUGACCUGUCCGCAUCGAGACUCGGUUCGAAAGGUGUUGCACCUGCAGAGUUCAGGUCAGUAUCUGACUGUGAGUAAAGGAGGAACAGUGGGGCUGCGGGACGGAGAGGACAUGUCCCUGCUGCACACACAUCGACUGCAAAACAGCACAGUCACACCCAAAGACCUGUGGGUCACAGACAUGGUGCUGCUGCACAACGCACACAAGAUAGCUGUGUCUUUCACAAGUAAGGAGGUGUGUUUUUAUGACAUACUGUCUAAACAGGACUUCAGCUGCAAGUAUAAACUUCAGGGUUUGAAGUUCACUCCCUGGUGUCUAGACUACUGGGUGGAUCCCUCUCACUCAGACCAGGCUGUCCUCACCAUCGGAGACAUUGGAGGGCAGGUCAGUGCUUUAUAUUUUACCUCCGCUCAUAUCUCUCUAUUUGAGAGACUCGGUCUGAGGACGGACUCAGAUUCAGCAGACAUCAUCUUAUGGGACGAGGUGGUCAAAGGAAAGCAUCGCUCCUGUUACACUGUGACACACCAAGCACACACGCCUGCCUGGGUUAGAAAAGUACGUUACCUGGGCUCACUGGAAGCCUUUGUGUCGUGCAGCACCAGGCCGCAGAGCAGCAUGGUGAUUGGCUGGAGGGAAAAGGAAAGCAGGAGUCUACGAGUCACUUCUUUCUUUACAAAGAGGGGUGUGUGGGACAUGGACCACCACCAUGGACUCAAUCUAAUAGCCACAGCAGGUGUGGAUCAUCAGGUCUUGCUGUGGAACCCUUUUGUGACCUCAGAGCCAGUUUGUGCACUCAGUGGACACACAAGCCCUGUCACCGCAGUUCGCUUCAUGCAGACCAAGCAACAACUGCUCAGCUACUCCAAAGAUAAGGUCCUGUGUCUAUGGGACGUAUCUAGUCAGCUGUGUGUUCACCGCCUGGCCGGUGUCUUCCCAACGACGCAGGAGGACACACACACCCUCUUGUUCCUCAAUGAGGAGCAUCAACUCCUGAUGCUUUCCUUCAACAGCCUGCUUCUCCUGCUGGAGACCAUGAAGGAGGAGAAGAGGACCAGCAGCCACGAACACCCUGUUACCUGUGUGCUGUAUAAUAGUCUGUUCAGACAGGUAGUCAGCAGUGACUCUGCCUCUUCUGUGAUCUGCUGGCUGGCUGACACGGGCCAAAAGGUCAAGCAGUUCCGCCGGUGCCAUGGCAACGCUGAGAUCUCCACCAUGGCCCUGGAUGGUACGCAGACCCGGCUAUUUACUGCAGGCACUGACGGAGAGGUCAAAGUGUGGGACUUCAAUGGCCGCUGCCUCCACAGAAUGAACGCCGGCCUGGGUCGGGCUGUGGAGAUUUCACAGGUCCUGCUGCUGAAGAGGAGUAUACUGGUGAUUGGCUGGGAAAGGAUGUUAACAGUUUUCCGUCUGCAUUCCUUCUCGCAGUCUUUUGUUGAACCGUCAGAGUGGAAGGGAGGAGUUCAGCAUCGCAGUGAUGUGCUCUGUGCCGCAUUCCAGCCUCCACAGACUCUGGUCACAGGAAGCUACGACGGAGAGAUUAUAGUGUGGAACAUCAGCACAGAAAAAGCUUUGAGGAAACUGCGGCCACAUGCUGAACACAGAGAAGGUCAUUUCCCCAAUUCUCAUGUUGGUGUGAAUGGCAAAGAAGACUCUGAUAACUCUAUUGGCAUCACUAGAUUGUUCUUUAUACCAGGACGCGCGGCUGCAGCUACAGGUGUUGCAGACUUGGUGUCCUGUGGAGGUUCAGGUGUGGUCAGACUCUGGAACACCAUCCACAGCAGUCUGAUGGGACAGUUCACAGCUCACAACAGAGACCUGGGGUCUGUUGUUAUGACUGUCAGCCCCUGUGGAAAAUAUUUAGUCACAGCUGAUAGGGAGGGAACACUCAAGACGUGGGACAUUCAGCUUUAUUGUCUUGAGCCAGAUGACGGAAUAACCAAAGAACCUCCAAAACUACUGUGUAGUUUCCGCCCACACCUUGAUCGUGUUACUCACCUGGAGAUGUGUUUCCAUGGCGAUAGACUCCUCCUUCUCUCUGCAUCAUCAGACUGUAGUGUGGCCCUUAGCUACCUGCCUGGAGAUACCAUCGGUCUGUUUGGCCAGGAGAAGCAGUGGUGCUUGCAGAGACCUGGACCUCUGCACCCACAGCAGGAACCAGAGCGGGACCAGAGAGACCACGGAGGGCAAGAAGACACCAGACAGGGCGGGAAGAGGUCACCUCCAGCUCCCAGUGAGACGCCCCCUGACCCAGGACCCGACACCUCUGCAGAGGGUGGAAAGGUGGGGAUAAAAGACGAGGGAGAGGACUGUGGGAUGGAAGCAGGAGUGGUCAGAAGAAAACCUUUAUCCAGGUGAACUGUCUGGUCUGGCUGUCUGGUGAAGCUGUGCAGUGUUUUUGAAUCGUCCCGUAGGUAUUUAAGAUGGUCUGCCAUGACUUUGAGUGGGAUUUCAGAGGAACAACUGAAACAUUUAAUCCUUUAUUGUAAGUUUAAAAAAGUAUUUGGCAAGUCUUUCUUGAUAUUAUUUACUCAAAACUAUAUUUUAAAAAACAGACAUAACAGUUGCACUAAGAGAACUAGGCCAUUGUCUGUCAUGUAGUCAUAAGAACUUGAGUCAGAAAAACGUCACUAAAUUGCAGCUUUUUCCCAUUUUAUUUCUAUGCCUCAGGACAGUGUGGUUCGUAACAAUGAAUAGUCAUGACUGCCUUUCACAAUGGCAAAGAAUGAAAUAGCAUUUGUGAUGCUCCCAGUUCUUGUAUUUUUACUGAUGCUUAGAGAACAGAAAGAGAUCACAUUUAACAUUAUUUUCCUGGGAAUUCCUGAGUGUGCCUGAUGGUUUGGAAGUGAAUGCACUGUUGUACUUUAAAGGUCAGUGAAAGUCUUCACUGGGGUUCUCAAAGUCAGUCUCCCAUUCAGUGCCAAUGGAGAAGCUUCAGGCUGGUACAUAGGCUUGACACCAUACAUUAGAGGUUUUGAUUCUCUGGUUUUCUUGACUUGUGAUAUGUUCAUGUCACAGAUACUGAAUGAAUACUGUGAAUGAAUGAUGUGUGAACUCAGACAUUUUAUAAUCAUUAAACUAAGCCUUUAAUA